AUGGCUUUGCGGGAACUGCCAUUCCGCACUGCCUCCACCCUUCUCAGGGAUGCGCGGCCUGCCAUCUGCGCUGCUCCACCUGCAUCCUGCCGCUAUGCCUCGACCGAAGCUGUCAAGCAAGUCGAGGACAACUCCUCCUUUUCCAUCCCUCCGCCCUCCGAACAACUUGCCAAAACAUUCGAUCCCAUUGCGCGCAGCAGGUUGCGGAGACGAGGCGGAAAGCAGCUCCCACCAAGCAGGUAUCAAUUCCGCCCUCCCAAGUACUACCGCGGUCCCCUCCACCCGCAUCAGCCUCCCCCGGUGUCGGACCCUGCUUCACGACUGUUCGUGCCCGGCCCCUUCAGCCUGCCCCGCUUGGAACAAACCUACCAAAGCACCAUUGCUUCGGACCUCCUCACCCUUACCUACCAACACUAUCCGCCAGGAUACCGUGCCCCCAAGGUUACUCAGAGAUUGCGCGAAUGGCAGGGCGACCACCCAUACUUCAAGAAUCGUCCCUUGCGCCCACCCCGCGGAAAAGGUGAUGUCCUUCGCCUCCUGACCCCCCCGCGAACCUUCCGGAACAUACCCAAAAUCACAAAGGUCACCCUUCACUCCAUGGUGCCCUUGGCUCAGUCCAACAGUGCUUAUCUGCAUAUCGCUGGUAUGGCUUUGCAGGCAAUCAGCAACGUCCGCAUAACCCCUCACAAGGCCCGCCAUAGUGUAGUGCAGUGGGAAGUGCGCGAGGGAAGAUUUGUGUCGGCCACCUCGACAAUGGAGCGCGAAGAUGCCCAGCACUUCUUAUCCAAGCUGAUUGAUGUCGUUCUACCCAGAAUCAAGGAAUGGAAGGGUGUGCCUGGGUCCACGGGUGACGGUAGUGGUAAUAUGAGUUUCGGUAUGACUCCGGACCAGGUAGCUUUGUUCCCUGAGAUCGAGGUCAAUUACGAUGCAUACCCCCCAAAAAUGAUCCCUGGUUGCUACAUCACCAUACACACUGACGCCACCAAUGACAAAGAUGCUCGUCUGCUUCUCCAGGCAAUCGGCCUACCGUUCUACGGAAAGUUAAAAGGUUGA